AUGCCGUAUACACCUUACACAUUACAGACGGUAUUAAGCUCUUCAAGGAUAGAAGACCCCGCACCCUCUACAAGUAGUUCAGCUUCAUUUUUCUCGAGGAGACCUACUUCACCAACCUCUCAAGAGACCCUCAACACAACAACAAGCACAGCGACUGUUCGUUAUACCAGCAGCUCAAAGGCUCGUAUUGAUUCUGUAGGUGCCUGGGAUAGCGAUCUUUAUUGCGGUACUUCUGAAGGUGUUGUGUUGCAUUAUUCAUUAGAAGACAACUCGUCUCCAGACAAAUCAUUUAGUACUCGGUUAGAAAAUACCAUUCAUUUAGGGCUCGGGAAAAAAAGCGUAGAGCGUAUAUUACUGAUACCCCAAGUGUCCAAAGCUGUUGUCCUAUGCGAUUCAACGCUAUCUUUCUUUUCGCUGCCAUUCUUUGAUCCGAUACCCGCAUCCUUUAUUCAGCCUAUCAAGGGAGUGUCCUGUUUUUCGCAUGAUAUUGGAGAGGAAGGUCGCAUUGGAGAGGACGGCACAGUAGAAUUGGCAGUGAUAAAGAGAAGAGCCAUCCAGAUUUACAAAAUUGGUGAAUCCAUGCAUUUGAAAAAGGAACUGCCGCUUGCUGAUGGAGCAAUUGCACUCACCAGACACAGUCGAAUUCUUUGCUUGGCAGAUACACAAAAUUACAAACUAAUCAACCUACAGCAAUCCUCAGUAACACUGCUAAUACCCACACCACAAGUGCCUGUAACAUCACCUACGCUACUAGGAUCAGGCACACAGUUAGUGCCUCGACCACUUGUCGCUGUUGUUCGCAAAGACGAGUUCCUGGUAGUGAGUGGCAGCAGCUCCGAUAACCAAACCAUUGGCAUCUUUGUCAAUGCCAACGGAGAUGCCAUUCGAGGCACAUUGCAAUGGACCAGCUACCCUAAAGCGCUUUGUGUGGAAUUUCCCUAUGUGGUAGCCCUGUUGCGCAACAACACCAUCGAAAUCCACAACAUUUUGGAUCAGCAUUUGUUACAAACAAUCCCGCUGGAAGCGAGUGUCGAUGCAAAGGGCAUGACAUUUGGCCAUGGGAUCAAGGUGUGGAUGGAUGUGAUUGCGAAAAGACUGAAGCGGCAUAUGUGGCCACGCCCUACUCAUCAUGAUGUGGAUUUAGAAAGCCAGUUACAGCGAGAGAUUAUUCGAUACUCUACAGCAGCAGCUCGUAUUUUGGUCUUUGGCAAGGAUUCUGUCAUGGCACAGGUAACAACGCCUCUUGUAGUUCAAGUGGAUCUGUUGCUGGAAAAGCAUUUGGUUGAGGAAGCCAUGCAGCUGGCAGAACAGGCAAGAAACACCAUGUCUAGUGAUAACAAUGUCUAUGUGGAGCGCCUACGGUCUGAACUCAGCUACACGUACCAGAAAUCUGGAUUGCUACUACUAAAGGAGACGGUAUUUGAUGAUGCUUUCACUUUGCUUUCCAAAGGAGACAUGGAUCCUCGUGUAGUCAUCAACAUGUUUGAAGGGCUAGCCCAGUCAAAAUGGCUCAAGGAAUCGCCCUCUGUGCUGCUGUUUGAUGGAGUGAUUUCACUGGUAGAAGCACUCGGCACGAUCAAGAACAUUGUCAACAACAGCCUCAAGGAGUUUGCAAAGGAUUCAGAUCAGGACAAUGAAGGAGCUUCCGAGAUGCGCCGCGUCUUGCUGAUGAAUGCAAGAGAGGCGUUGAACAAGUAUCUACGUAUUGAGCGAGAAAAAAGAAAGGACAGACUGGGCCAGAACGAUACCAUCUGUAAAGUGAUUGACACCUCGUUACUCAAGAUAUACAUGUCCCAAAAAGACGAUGCAUCUAUCUACCAAUUGCUACAACAACCCAACGACUGCAGUAUUGAAGACUGUGCAAAGGCGCUUUCCAAGAGCAAGAAAUACUAUGCGCUUUCCAUCAUGUAUGAGUCAAAGCACAUGUACGAAAAAGUGCUGGAUAUUUGGACAAAGAUCUAUCUGAGAGAACUUGUUGACUCAGAAUUUAAAAACGGCUUAGAGCGCAUCAAAAACCUGCUAUUACAAGAUGUGCAUACAGAGGAGUUACCGUUGUCGGUGAUUAUGCAUUAUGCAUGGUGGUUGACACACCAGAGCCCCGCAGACGGCGUGCUUGUCUUUACAAAGUCUCCUCGCACGGGGGAUAUGGAUCCUGACGAGAUUUUGGAGAAACUGUCUGAUUACAGCAACGAAGGCGUGCGCACAUACCUGGAGUAUCUGGUAUUGACGCAAAAGAGCGAGCGAGCAGAAUAUCAUACACGGCUUGCCUGUAGCUAUGUCAAGGAUGUGCACAAGGAGAUCAGCCAAGGCAACCAGCUGAAACAGAUGAAGGCAUUGGUAGAGGGCUUUAUCAAGCAGACAGAUCCCAUGAAGAUUAUACCUAUCAAAGACGACGAAGAGGGGUUCAACAAUGCAGCCACAUUCGUGGGCUAUUUGGGACGAGAGCAGCAACAAACAAACCUGGUCAAACUUCGACUCAAACUGAUCCAACUGCUUCAAAACUCGCAGCUCUAUUCGCCCCAUGCAUUGCUGGAUGCAUUGACAAAGGCUGGCCCUUUGGACAUAGAAAAAGUAAUUGUGUAUGGCAGAAUGAGCAAGCACAAGGAGGCACUUGACAUUCUCAUUCAUCAACUGUGCGAUUUUGUUGGUGCCGAGACCUAUUGUGUCACCAACGGUCAAAGCACAGGUGUCAUUCCAACAAGUGCGUCGUUGGCUGCUGAAAAGCCCUUACCGCCACUGAUACUAGAGGAUGAAUAUUUAUCACCGGAAUCACUGAAUGAAAGGCGCUCACUGUUUACCAUGCUGUUCAAGUCGUAUAUUGCUAUCCAGGACAGUAAGCUGAUGAUUGCACGCAGUAUGCAUCUAUUAAACACACAAGGAUUCUAUCUGGAUACUCUCCAAGUCCUUGAAACGAUUCCCAAAGACUGGUCCAUUGACAUGCUUCAAGAGUUUUUGAUACGAUCCCUGCGACGAUCACUGGAUGAUUAUAACGAGAGCCAAAUUGUGCUUGGCCUCAGUCGUGGCGAGAAUCUAUUAAUAGGCAGUGAUCUGAUCCGCACGUACAAGGAAAUUGGCCCCAUCUCAGUUGACAAUCAUACGGCUUGUAUCAAAUGCCAUCGAAACGUAGGCGACAGCAUCUUUGUGCGAGAGAGCCAACAUGGACAAUUGUUACAUUUGCACUGCGCCAAACUGCUAGGCUUGGUUGAUGAAGCAUCAGCAGCAGCAGCAGAUGGGGAAUAA